AUGUCUCUGUCCGACAGCUCUCCUGCCAAAAAAGUUACGUUGAUCCUUAAUCAACCUUCCGAUUGGGAUGAAUGGCUAUUCAUGAUUAAAGAAAAGGCCACAGCUUCCAACGUUUGGCAUAAACGCCGUGCAACGACUUUCGAAGACCUAACUCCGUCCCAGCAAAAGCGAUAUGACUACGAACGAGAUGAUUACAAGCGACAGCUAAAGAAGUUUGAGCGCCAGGAUCAAGCACUGAAGAUCCUUAAUAGCAUUAUCGUCAACACGAUUUCACGCAAAAGCUUUACCUAUAUACUGACAGGCUGUGACACUCCACGGAAGAAGCUAGCGGCUCUCAAGAAGCGUUUAGCACCGUCUGACCGUGCAAAGGAACUUGAGUUAAUUCGUCAAUACAACGACUUGAAGAAACCUCCACGUUCACGCGACGUUGACAAAUGCUUCCUCCUGCGUUACAGGCAGCCUUUAUCCUCCUUUGAGCCAGUGUCAUGGUACAACCUGGAAUCCCCUCGAACGGUCUGGGCAGAACCCCCACUGUGGCUGUCGAAUAGCCUCGUGUGCCUGCCCAUAGCCUCGUGUGCCUGCUCAUAG